GGAAUCCGGACCCGAAUCCUCGCCCGCCCCGCCCACUUCGUUUCACUCUUCUCUUCUCUUUCCUCGUUCUCUACAGCAUGCAACGUUCCUAAAACAAUGGCAAUGAUCAAAUGCCAUCAAUUCAAUUCUUCGAAUUCCCCUUUGCUUCACCCCUCAAACCCUAACCUAAAAUUCUGUUUCGUUUGCAUUACCCCGCUCUGUUUACACUACACUUUCUCUGCUAUCAUUUCUCUUCCUGCGGAAUUUAAUUUCCAUUGAGCCAUUGGAAGCCUGGCUGUGAUUUUCGUAUUUUUUAAUGAAUUGUUUUACAUUUUGGGUUUAAGGCGAUUGAGAACAUUGCAGCUGAAUUAUAGCCUGAUUUUUUAUCAUUGCGCUGUGGAAUUUAGGAAAUUUGGGGAGAUCGAUUGCUGUGGAAGAAAGGUGUAGAUUGAAUUGGAAGGUUCUGGAUAUGAUUGGGGGAAGAAACAGCGCCAUUAGAUGGCGCUGUUCAGACGCUUCUUCUAUCGGAAACCGCCGGAUCGGCUGCUCGAAAUCUCCCAGCGGCGAGCGGGUUUUCGUGUUUGAUUGUUGCUUCUCCACCAAUGCAUUGGACGAAGAUGAGUACAAAACAUGUGUGGGAUUGUAGCUCAGCUACAUGACUAUUAUCCAGAUGCUUCAUUCAUGGUUUUUAACUUUAAAGAUCGGGAUAGGAGAAGCCCAAUAUCUGACAUCAUGUCCCAGUAUGCUAUGACUGUCAUGGAUUAUCCUUUGCAAUAUGAGGGGUACCCAAUAUUGCCACUAGAGAUAAUCGACCACUUUUUGCGGUCCAGUGAGAGCUGGUUGUCAGUUGAAGGCAAGCAAAAUGUGCUGUUAGUGCACUGUGAGAGGGGAGGAUGGCCUUUGUUGGCCUUCAUGCUUGCAGGCCUUCUUUUGUACAGAAAACAGUACACUGGUGAGCAGAAGACUCUUGAAAUGGUAUACAAACAAGCUCCUAGAGAACUUCUUCAUCUUUUGUCUAAUUUGAAUCCACAGCAAUCCCAGCUUAGAUAUCUUCAAUAUAUAUCUAGAAGUUUUGGGUCAGAUAGGCCUCCAUCAGACACUCUAGCUUUGAACUGUAUCGUAAUUAGAUUGCUUCCUCUAUACAAUAAUGGAAGGGGGUGCCAUCCGGUAGAUGAUGAGAGUGAGACAGAAGUUGCCUCACCUGACGAGUUUUUUGAGGUGGAUGAGAUAUUCAGUAGCAUUGUCGAUGGGCAUGAGGGAAGGGUCUCCUCUGAUACUCCCGCAGCUCGUGAAAGUGCGCAGAAUGAUAAGAGUUCUGAACCAGUCUUGAAGGAGGAAUUGGAGCAUCACUCUUUUCUAGAUUGUGCAUCUGAUGAAGGAAACCGAAGGCAUGAUGGCAGGAUAGGUUCUAAUUAUCGGGCAUCAAAAUCAUGUCCUUUUGGCAAUGAAAAUGAGGUGUUAGUCUCUAUUAAUGUGGACCCAAAAUUUUCAUGCAGCAUAGAAUCUCAAGCAGUAUUUCCUGGUGUUCAUGACAACUCAGAUGAAGGGAAGAAUAAUCAAGAUAGAGAUGGUACACUCACACAGAAGUUAGAAAGGCAGGGUUCUGAACAGAAAAUGGAUGAUGAUAGUAACAGGCAGCAGUCUGAUAAUGUACCCCUUGCUGCUCCAAAGAAACAGCCACUAGCAAACUCAACAACUUCUGCAGAUGCUUUUGGUACGAAAAACGAAUCUGAACAUCAAGAUUCUCAGGCAGUAUUUCCUGUUCAUGGCAAGUUAGAUGAAGAGGAGAAUAAUCAAGAUGAAGAGAGUAUAUCCACACAGGAGUUAGAAAGGCAGGGUUCUGAACAGAAAAUGGAUGCUGAUAGUAACAAGCAGCAGUGUGAUAAUGUACCCCCUGCUGCUCCAAAGAAACAGCCACUUGCAAACUCAACAACUUCUGCAGAUCAUUUUGGUGCAAAAACUGAAUCUAAACAGCAAGAAUCUCAGGGAAGCCUUUCAAGACAGGCAAAACCAAAAACAAUAUCUUGGCAGAUGGCUUCUAGUGAAGGCUCAUACACCAAUUUAAUACAUGUAUCAGACCCGCCAUCAAGGUGUAACAGUGCACCACCUGCACUUGCUCUUGAUAAGGAUUUUCAAUCACAGGGGAAACCAAAGGCUCCAUCUCCUUGUGCUUCUCCCGAAAGUUUUGCUCCAAUCAAUGAUUCUAUCUUCAUGGCAGGUUGUGUGGCGAAGCAUUCCUCCUGUCCUGCAUCUUUAGAUAUAUCAACAGCUAAGAUUGCAUCAAUUGUUGCUUCUUCUACUUCCCUGCCACAAGAUAGAGUCCCGCAAGUGCAUCCACCUCCACCCCCACCACUUCCAACUUGGUAUACCAGCUCUUUGUCAUCUCAAGUGCCAUAUGAGCAGCAGGUAGCAGAGAUAAAUUCUUCUCCUCUUCCAACUCCAUAUUUCCGACAACAAGCAAGCCACAGUACAACAGUUUCCUCUCUUGGCCUAAUUCCUCCCCCACCCCCUCUGCCAACAUUGCUCCUGUUUUCUACUUGUGUUGCAGUUGGUACUACUUCUCCACCUCUACCUGUAGCUCAGCCCCCAGCCCUUCCUCUUCCACCAGGUGCUCCUGGACCUCCUGGAGGGGCACCUCCACCACCAGGGUGUUGUUAUGUUCCCGGGCAAAGGCACGCGUCAAGGGGCGAGGGAAAGAUGUGGAGGUGUGUACUCCCUGGGAGAGGACCCGCUGGAGCAGCUAAAAGAUCUACCCUGAAGCCAUGGUAUUGGAGUAAGGUAACCAGAAAACUACAAGGAAGCUUGUGGGAGGAAUUACAAAGACGUGGAGAGCCUCAAGUUGCACCAGAGGAAAUUGAGGCUCUUUUCUCCACCGUAGUCCCCAAAUCUAAUAAAGACAAGUCUGGAGGAAAACAGAAGGCUGCCGGAUCUAAACCUGACAAAAUUCACCUGGCUGCUGCAAGGGCAAGGCUAUGAACAAAUUAGUUUCGAUUCGGCUUGAAAUAGUUCAGUUUCAGCUUGGAUUUGGUUCGGUUCGAAUUUCGGUUCAAUUUGAAGACUCAAACAUUCCCUAGUUCUCUACUUCUCUUGCGCAUAUAACUAUUUAUUUAUUUUCACUAAUAAUUUAAAUUUGUAAAAGCUAAACAACAAGUCCACAAUGCAUAUU